GUUCCUUUCAGAGGGGAGCUCAAAACCAAGUUUAGGGGGAGACGCCCUGGCCUGCACCCCUGCGCGGGGCUGGGCUGGGCUGGAAGAAGGGCGGUCAGCCGCAGAGGCCUCAGUGGGCUCCAGGACUCAGCAUGGGCUUGGUCAGGCUGUUCAGAUUGCCCCAGGAACCAGGCAGAGGGUCAUGAUCCCUUGGAGGCCCUAAUGGAAGAGCCCCGAGGCACACCCCAGCCUGCCACCAGCUUGGGGCUGUAAAGACUUGGCAUUGUUAUUCUUCAGGACAGACUCGGGGACCCCCUUUCUAUCUUUCUAUCAUCGUGGGCCCAGCUGUGUCUGUCUUUGGCGGCCAGGAAGCACGAGCAGGUGUCCUGGAUGGCUUCAUUCAGCCUGAUGCCCUAAUGUUAAAGGUUCACCCACGCUUAUUAAAGCGUGGCAAGGCAAACUCCACUUAGGCCGUGGAGACGUGACUUGGUGAUGGGAUUUCACAGCUGGGGAGAGGUUGCGCUCCUCUGGGAAUGGAUCACCUGGUUGGGGGAGGGCAAGGACCGUGAUUAGCUACCGAUGGUGCUGGUGUAUUGAGGAUGGGCUGUGGCUGAGACUGGAUUGUUCAAGGACUCGCACAGAGAGUUCCAGCAAGCAGGCAAGAUGGGGAAUGCUAAGAGCCAUUCGAGUCCGAAGACGCGCUCAAGGUUCUUGCCUGAGGAGCAGGCUGAGGUGGACAGGCUGUUUGACGCCCUGACAGCUAAUAAAGGCGGCUCGGCAUCGGGGACAUUCUCUCUGGAGGCACUGAAGAGCCAUGUCAAGGAGGAUCUCCCCCAGGCGAUGGUCACCAGACUAUAUAAUGGCAUGUGGAGGGUCAAGGCGACCCAGAAGGCACACGGGAACCAGGGGAGCCAGGGGAAUGUUUCCCGGGAGCAGUUCACAGAGUUCCUGUCCCAUCUGUUGAAAGGCAGCUUCGAGGAGAAGGGCCAUAUGGUUAUCCAAAUGCUCUCAGCUACAGAGAGUACUGUGAAGGCCAGAGACAUCCAGAAGUUCGCAGAGGACCUGGUGGCCUCCUUGGUGCAUGUGCUGAUCCACUGGCCUGAGCUUCGAGGCUGGACUUGGAAGAAAUCCACGGUGUGCCCCGAAAGUAUGCAGGCCAUGGCUGCCCAGCUGCUCUCAGAGAUGAAGUUUCAAGAUGGCCACAAGUUUCUGGGCCCUCAGUCCCUGGACCAGGUCUGCGACCAAGCCAUGAUCCAGGACUGGGUGUUCCACGUGCCCCAUGUGGGCAUGUUUCUGAGUGUGGUCGUCCACAGGGGCCUUCGCCUCCUGAGCUCAUCCUUUGACCUCUCCACACUGGUCCCCGAGUGCCACGUGGACCGAGGGAGGCCGUUUGAGAGCAUCCUGGACGUGCUGGCCGUCAUCUACCUCAACUCCCACCUGGAGGCCGAGCACCGGCGUGUCUGGCGCCUGCUGUUCUCCACACAGCUCCACGGGCAGAGCUUCUCCCAGCUGUGCAGCCGCAUCACGCACCAGGGGCCCUGCCUGCUCGUCCUCCAGGACAAGGACGGCUGCGUCUUCGGUGGCUUCGCCUCCUGCUCUUGGGAGGUUAAGCCUCAGUUCCAAGGGGACAGCAAGUGUUUCCUGUUCUCCGUCCUCCCCAGCAUGGCCACGUACAUGCACACGGGUUACAAUGACCACUUCAUGUACUUGAAUCAGGGACAGCAGACCAUGCCCAACGGACUGGGCAUGGGCGGGCAGCACCAUUACUUUGGGCUUUGGGUGGCCGCCGACUUCGGGAAAGGACACAGCAAGGCCAAGCCUGCAUGCACCACCUACAACAGUCCACAGCUGUCUGCCCAGGAGGAAUUCCAGUUUGACAAGAUGGAGGUGUGGGGACUUGGCAACCUCUCAGAGACCCAUCUGGCCAAGAACAAGAAGAGCAUCCUUGACUCAAAUCCUGAAGCCCAGAUCAUGCUGGAGGCCAGUGGACGGACCCGUCACAGUGAGGGACUGCGGGAAAUCCAUGAUGAUGGUGAUGACUGAAGCUCCUGGACAGUGGACUUCCUGGAGCACCAGCGGAGACUUCCCCAGGGAUGCACAAAGCACCCCGGUUCCUCACUGCUGGGUCAAGCAGAGCUCUCCAGACCAUCCGCUCUCACUCUGGCUUAGCUUUAACUCAGAGCUACGU